GGGAGGGAGAGAAGGAGGGAGGGAACCGGGCAGGUGACACCGCGCUCGGUCGCUCCGGCUCGGCGGCGGCGCGGCCACCAUGCACGUCAAUGGGAAGGUGGCCCUGGUGACCGGCGGGGCUCAGGGCAUCGGACGGGCGUUCGCCCAGGCGCUGCUGGGCAAGGGAGCCAAGGUCGCGCUGCUGGACCGCAACGCGGAGGCCGGGCAGCAGAGCAAGGCGGCCCUGGACGAGCAGUUCGAGGCGCAGAGGACGCUCUUCAUCCCCUGCGACGUGACCGAGCCCGAGCAGCUGAAAGGUGCCUUCAAAAAAGUAAUUGAACAUUUUGGAAGGCUGGAUAUUGUGGUUAAUAAUGCUGGAGUGAACAACGAGAAGGACUGGGAAAGCACUAUACAAAUUAACUUGACAUCUGUGAUUAGAGGAACCUACCUCGGCUUAGAAUACAUGAGAAAAGGAAAUGGUGGCGAUGGAGGAGUAAUCAUUAAUAUCUCGUCUUUGGCAGGACUCAUGCCUGCUGCAUUCCAACCUGUGUACUGUGCUACAAAGCAUGGUGUGAUUGGCUUCACACGGUCAAUAGCAUUAGCGGCAAGUAUGGAAAACUACGGUGUGAGACUCAACACAAUUUGCCCAGGAUUUGUCAACACACCGAUUCUUCAGUCAAUAGAUAAAGAAGAGAAUAUGGGACAAUAUUAUUCGUAUAAGGAUGAGAUCAAAAAUAUGAUGCAGUUCUAUGGCGUGAUGGACCCAUCAAUAAUUGCUGAGGGACUGAUAACAAUAAUUGAAGAUGAUACUCUAAAUGGAGAAGUUAUGAAGAUUACAGCAUCCCAAGGGAUUCAUUUUCAAGAAUACAGCCAAACACCUUAUACAUCAUCAAAGAGAUAAUUGUUUUAUGCUAAUUACUUUUGGCUUUUUUUAAAUCUAAAAAAAUUUUGAAAAUUGCAAAUUUUUGGAAAAAAGGGUUAGUGUAAUAUCUAGAGCAGUCUCGGUGUUCAAACAUGCGCAUCCUAAUAACAAAGAGAUGGACAAGAAAAUCUGGUGUGGGAAAAUGUUACCAUCCUACUUUGAUUCUAUAAGCACCAAUAAUUGUAUUUAUUCAGUAAAAUAAGCACGCUGCUCUGAAGAUUUUUGAUUAUGCAGUAAUAGGGGCCAGUUUUUUCCUUCUGGUAGUUUCUGAUCUACUUACUCCAAGUGCAUUUUGGUGGACCUGACUUACUUCAUAUAAUUCUUUUCACUGUCGUAAGCAUCUACUUAUUUACAUCUUGAAUUCCGCAGGCCAGGAAUUCAGUUCAGGAAUCCAGAACACAAAUGUACCAAUAAGGAGUUAAGAAUUUACGUUUUCUUAGGAAAUGUAAAAUAGAACAAGAGGCAAAAUGAUCUUUCCUCAUUUAUAUAUGCAAAUGAAUAUGUUGCAUAUCACACUAGAAAGUACAGAUUUUUAUCUUCUUGGAUUUUAGCUAUUUAUAAAGUAAUUCAAAAAUAUUUUUGUUUUCUUUUAUAGAGAUAUAUAUAUGAAUUUUCUUUCUCUGUAUAUACAAGGAUGAAUACCUUGGCAUUGAUUGAAAUGUCUACUUUCUCAUUAAAUCUCAUUUUCUAAACCUUUAAAUCUAAUCUCUUGCCUUGAUUGAUUAAAACCUCAAUUAAAUCCUGAAUAAUCUGUUUUUUUCAUGUUUCAUACAUGUCCGUUGUGGUACGUAUUCUUGGAGCAUGUCACAUAGUGGCAAUGAAAAUAAAACAUGAGUGAAUCCAGGUCAAUCCCCAGCUACAUUUAUGAAACAAACCUUGGUACUCCCUGGGUUACAUGCCUGACAAAAACAAAUUUUUACACGGCAAUUUAUUUAGGCUCAUAGCAUAAGAUGACUUAAUAACUCCUGUGAAAGCUGGGAAAAGUUAAUAUUUACCCUCCUUAGUAGCACUGACUUUCAUUUCCCUAAUGUAAGCAUUGUUUUUUUUCAGCAUUGUAUCUGGAAGAGAGGAAACACUAAUAUUUACCUUCUGUAGAAGGCAGGGAGUAGUAAGACUGCGGGGAGAAGAAAAGCAGCAGACACACGCCUUGAAUUACUCACCAUUCUCCCUCCCUCCCUCCCCCAUUUUUGGCUAGGGUAACACUAUUUUUAAAGCCUAUUUUUGAACGCACAGAUGACGCUAGCCACACCGUCGGCAUCCCUGAAAGCAUCUGGCUAUCCCUCUGGACUAACAACUGCUAUCUGAUUUGAUUGUAUUAAUUUCUACUUUUGUUGAUUAAAAUCAGAGCAUUUCCUAGCACGUGGCAGAGAAGUGCAAAAGGCGCGAUGGAAACGUAAACUCAGCACGUUCCUACAGUCAGGCCCUAACACCGAGGGGCACCUACCUCUGCUUCUCUCCUUGUUAAGUAGUAUUUCAAUGUGCUCUAUAAACAAGGGAAGGUAAUAAUACUAACAGUAUGUGCAAACCACAUGGCUAGCAACCACCACACUUAGAUAGUAACUCAAUAGCUUCUCUUAAUAAGAUACUUCAAAUAACGAUGGGAAUAUUGCAAAUGUCAGUAUUUAUAGCGAUGAUCUAUUGUUGCCGUGACUGCUUUUCUCCGUCUCUACCUCCCUGCUGCCCCAAAAGAAAUACCUGUUAAAGAGGUUGAGUUUUCCAAGGGAUCAAUGAAAGAACAUAUAAUUUAAGAUUGUUAGCAAUAAAAGGCCAGAAGGCCAAUGUAUGCUCCCUGGAGGAAUUAAACCAGAAAGAAAUUUAAAGUGAAUUAGAGGCAAUCACUUUAGACAUUGCACAAUGAACUCGUGGUAUCGCACCGGUACAAAAUUCUAAUUCUGUGAAUUGGCAGUGUUCUAAGAAUGGAUUCCAUUUAUGUGGUAUAUCAAUAGUCACACACGGCAAAAUUUGAUUAAUGUGCAAUUAGACUCCAGGACACCUGGAAAAUCUGAGCCUAUAUCUGGGAAAGAAUUAAAGCCAUAUCUUUCUUGUCUCUAUAGGUCUUUUCUUCUGGAUUAUUUUUGUAACUCAAAGACAGAUGUUUUCAAAUCAAAGCCAUUCAGAAAACCUCGUGAAAGGCAGAGACUGCAUUCACUUCCAUCUGAUAAUCCGAUAAGGAAGUCUCA